GGGGGAGGGAGGCUCCCGGUUGCUCCGCGCCUCGGCUCCUCGGGAGGGCGGUUGGCAGCACCGGGAGAGCCAGCCGACUGCCCUUCGCACUCCCCCCAGACCCAGGCCCGACCAGCUCAGCGCCCCCGCUUCUGUCCCCCUUACCCCAUGCCCUGUCUGCAGAGCCCCUGAACCUCAUCGACAGGAGGGGGUUAAAGGAGAUGAACAGGUUAUAAAAAAGGUGUCCCUUCCCCCACCCUCAUCCCUAACUCCUCACCCCACCCCCCAUCCUUGGUCAGGGGACAGGAAGGGAUGGAGAAAGCUAAUGUCUAGGCAACCCCUGGGCCUUUCUUUCUUUCUGCUUCUGAGCUUUAAAAGCUGCCUCGCCCUGGCACCUCUGCUCUCUUCCUGCCCUUCCCAAGGUGGUACCCCAGGAGUUGGAGUAAGACUGGCUCCUACUCAGAGCAGGGGGUGGUGCAGGUGACUGAGGCUUUGGCUCCAGCUCUGCAAUCCCACCGACCCCAUCCACAGGGCCUGGGGGCUGUCAUCCCACCUGACACCCCCCAAAACUUAGUUGUAGAGGAAUGAAUAGACCUUGGGGAAGGGCUGCGCGGGCCCUGGGGUGGAGGUGGGGGCUUGUGCUGGGGGAUGCUGGGGAAGGAGCAUAGCACCCUUUUCUCCAUCCUCUGCCCUCUAAGGGGGCACAUCAGUCCAUGUGGGACAUUCAGUUCGUCCUCAUUCAACCCUGGGAUGUGGGGCCCAGAGACGCAAGAGUCUUACCUGAGGUCACACAGCCAGGACACAGAGAGGCAGAAUUUGAAUUCAGAUCUGUUCACAAGUGCCCACAAGGACUGUCCCAUGCCGCAGGGCACGGACCCCCUGAACCCGGACUUGCCCUCCGGGCACCAACCUACUAUUGCUCCAGACCAUGUCACUGGCAAGGACAAACAGAUGGAUUUCUGUUGGGAUCCUUGGCAGAGGUGCUUCCAGACCACCAACGGCUACCUGUCCGACUCCAGGUCCUGCUCCAGCAACUACAACGUGGCGGCUCUGGCCACCUCGUCCCUUGUGGGGGUGGUGCAGAGCAUCAAGGACCACAUCACAAAGCCCACGGCCAUGGCGCGUGGCCGCGUGGCCCACCUCAUCGAGUGGAAGGGCUGGCGUGCCCAGCGGUCCGGCUGGGAGCUGUCCCCCGCCGACGACGAGCAUUACUGCUGCCUGCCGGAUGAGCUGCGCGAGGCCCGUUUUGCCGCAGGGGUUGCUGAGCAGUUUGCUAUCACAGAAGCCACGCUGAGCGCCUGGUCCUCGCUGGACGACGAGGAGCUGCACCCCGAGAACAGCCCUCAGGACAUCGUCCAGCUCCAGGACCUGGAGAGCGUCUACCUUCAGGACAGUCUUCUGAGCGGCCCAUCGCAGGAUGACAGUCUUCUGGCCUUCUCUUCCCCUGGCCUCUCCCCCGAUGGCUGGCCCUCACCCGACGAGCCCCCCAUCACACCAGCUGUGGGCACCCAGCCCCCCAGCCCCGAACCGCAGCAUGGGCAGCGGCUGCCUCGAGCCCUGGGGCCUGAGGGUGGGGCCCGUCUGCAGGGCUCCCUCCCCUCGGUGGACAGCAUCUCCCUCUCGGAGGAGGAGGAGGACGAGGUGUUCUAUAACUGAGGAGGGGGCUGUAUGCCCCAGAGCCUCUUCAUACUGUGACCCUGCCCGGUGGGCAGCCCAGGCAGAUCAGGACAUUGGGGUCCGGGCUUGGUGUUUCUUGGCCCCUCAGGGCAGGCAGAGGGUGGGUGCGGUGGGGACGGGGGCCAGCACUCCUUGCGGACCAUUCUGUGCCUCCGGGGACCUGCCCCGGCAGUGGGAGCCAUAAUCCCCCUUCUUUGUUCACCUGGCCCCAGCGAGCACCUUCCCCUGCAGGGUUUCUGUCCUCCCUGAGCUCCAGGACCCUCAGCAGGCACAGGGCAAGCUGCCCGGGGGAGCCCGCAGCGGACAGCCAGUCACAGAAGGACCUGGGAGACCCACUUGGAGUGGGGCCCCGGGGACCCUGCCUUGAGCCCGGGGCCCUGUCCUCCCCUCCCUCCGUGUUUGUGUCUCCCAUCGGAGGUGGGACCACCUCUCUGGUAGCUAAGUGUCUGCUCCUCAGCUCCCUUCACAAGGAUCUCUGUCUUUGGAGCGUCUGUCCGUCCCUCACUCUCUGCACCUGCUCCCUGGUGCCCCUGCCCCCUUCCUUGCACCCCUCUCCCACCUCCCUGAAGGUUCUCUGCAGACAUUAAAGUGGUGGAUUCACCUGGA